GCAAGUUGACGAUCCACUUGCAUUAGUCCGGCGUAAGCUGCUUCAUAAAUUCAUAAGUACUAUUAAUCCCAACUUGUGUUGCCACCAACAUAAUCUCUCUCGCUUAAUUUCUUCUCCUCCUCCUUCUCCUGUACGUGUGUGUAUAUAUAUAUACACAUACACUCGCAUAUCAUAUGAACAUUAACCUUAACUCUAACGAACCCAAACAAAUGCCUUCUUCACUAGCACUCCAAAGAACCACCGCCACACCCACCACAACCACCAUCCACCACCACCACAACAAACAACAACCAUUCGACGUGUGGCACGUUCCCUUGAUUAAAGAAGAUAUGGUCGUUCCAGACCACGUGGCAAGUCUCCACACGCGCUACGUGGGUCCCAACCAGUGCUGCUCCUCGGUGGUGCAGACCAUCGAGGCACCCGUGUCCACGGUCUGGUCGGUGGUCCGCAGAUUCGACAACCCACAAGCUUACAAGCAUUUCCUCAAGAGCUGCCACGUCAUCGUCGGGGACGGCAAAGCCGUUGGGACGCUCCGCGAGGUGCGCGUGGUGUCGGGACUUCCCGCGGCUUCGAGCACGGAGCGGUUAGAGAUCCUGGAUGACGAGCGACACGUGUUGAGCUUCAGCGUCGUUGGCGGAGACCACAGGCUCCGUAACUACCGGUCCGUCACGACCUUGCAUGGUUCGACCACCGGUUCGGGGACGGUGGUGGUCGAGUCGUACGUUGUCGACGUUCCACAUGGAAACACGAAGGAGGACACGUGCGGUUUUGUCGAGACAAUUGUCAAGUGCAAUUUGCAAUCUUUGUCUCAAAUUGCAGAAAAUAUGUCCAAGAAGAAGACUAGUUCAAAUGGUAAAUCUGAUAAUAUAUAAUUAUAUUGUGUAAUUUACCUUUAAUUGUUGUUUUUUUUGUUUAUAUAUAAAUCAAUUUUUGUUUCUUAUAUUGGGUUGAGGGAUCAAUUAGAUAUGAUAUUUAGUUUUGUGGAUCGAUACCCAUAUUAGGGAUCUGUAGUUUUUUUUUUUUAAUACAAGGAAAGGAAAGGGGAUGGGGGAGGUUCGAGUACUCGAAAACUUUAUGAGAUAUCACAUAUAUGAGUGUUAUCUGACUACUCGUGGUUCUCAUCAAUUUAUAGAUUAAAGAGUAGUUCAAGGUGUUGAUUCAUCUUUGUUUUUAUGUACUUUGUAUAUUUAUUUGCUUAAUUAUAAUGUCUUCCUCUCUCAA